AUGUCUGAGGACUGUGUGGACAUAGACAGGCCCUCGGGUUUCAUCUACACUUCUUUAAACUUCAGCUGCGUUUGGAACUCAUCCCACCAUCCGAACCAGAGCCAAGACGGGGACGCAGCGGGAGACGCAGUGGCGGUACCGAGGAUCGGCAUCUCCGUGGUCUACUCCUUCCAUCAACCUCUUCGUCACCAGUUUGGCUCUGACCGACCUCCAGUUUGUGCUCACGCUGCCGUUUUGGGCUGUGGAAAACGCCUUGGACUUCACGUGGCUCUUCGAGACAGAACGGAGGAGCAGAAGGCCAAGACCUCAGCAGAGGCAAAGAUCCUGAAGAGAGAGGACAAACUCUUCAGCGUCAAAGUGAUCUCGCAGCAGGAUUUGAGGUUUGCUAGAGAAGAGGACCUGGACGAGGAGAGGAACAAGGUCUCAGAAGCUCACAGUGAAGUGGAGCUGCUGCAGACAGAAGUGUCCUCUCUGACAUCUGCUCUGGAGGAGGCCAAGGAGGCUCAGACCAAAGUGGACCUGCUGCAGAAGGAGACACAGGAGCUCACGAGUGAAGUGUCCUUUUAUAAAGCAGCUCUGGCUGAAGAAAAGUCCUCAGUGAAGGAGGCUAAUUGGGGAAACAGGCUGUGCUGGAUCUGCUCAGUGGAGUCUCAGAGAACAGUGAACGUGCUUGAGACACAGACACAGGGGUUGAAGGAUCAGGUCCCCUCUCUGACCAGUGCUCUGGAGGAGGACAGGAGGAGUCUGGAGGAGACUCAGAGUGAAGUGCAGAGGAUGGAGAAGGAGACGCUGCAGCUGAAGGAAGACUUGUCCUCUCUGAUAUCUGCUCUGGAGGAGGCCAUGGAGGCUCAGAGCAAAGUGGACCUGCUGCAGAAGGAGACACAGGAGCUCAGGAGUGAAGUGUCCCUUUUCAAAGCAGCGCUGGCUGAAGAAAAGUCAUCAGUGAAGGAGGCUAAGGGGAAACAGCAGGUGCUGCUGAAAGAGACACAUGAACUGAGGAAAGAAGUGUCCUCUCUGACUUCUGCUCUGGAGGAGGAGAGGAACAAAGUCAUGGAGGCUCAGAGUCAAGGAGACGCUGCAGCUGCUGUCUGCAAAACUCUGUCAGACAAGUUAGAGUCUGAGGAGAAGAGGAGGACACUACUGGAACAGAAGAUAGAGGAGCUUUCUCUCUCUCUGACCUCCUCACAGGAGACCAGCUCCACUCUGAGGCAGGAGAACAACCUGCUGCAACAAACCAUGGCCACGAUGGAGCAGCAGCGACAGGAGGAACUCCUCCAGAAGAAGAACAGGAAGAGGAGGUGGUUCUUAUGUGGCUCUGAAGGAGCUUCCAGCCAAUAA